AUGGCCGCCACUAAAGAAUCUUCCGCGCGCUGGGCGCUAUUGAUAGGAAUCAAUUAUUACCCUAACGAUCGCCAUCUUCAUGGCAGUGUCGACGACGUUAGCGACAUUAGGGCCUAUCUGGAACAACACAGCGCUACGGCAAUUCAUACAUCCGUGCUCACAGCCACUGUACCGAAGGAUCAUCAAUCCACUAAAGAUCCACCAGAGACACCCGAUGAGAGGCCAACCAGGGCAAAUGUUCUGAAGCAGCUUCGCUUAAUCAUUGAUUCUGCGAAACCAGGCGAUCAUGUGUAUAUCCACUUCUCCGGGCACGGCACGCAAUUACCAUCAGAUGGCAAUGUUGGCGAAACUGGCUUCGGCGAGCUAGGUCUUGUUCUUUACGAUGGUGGUGAGCAUGGAGCUAGCUACUUUCGCGGGCGCUUUCUAGCACAGGCUCUCAAACGAAUGGUCGACAAAGGUCUUGUUGUAACUGUCGCGUUAGACUGCUGUUUUUCGGGUGCCGUUAGUCGAGGCGAUCGAGUCCGGGCAAUGAAAUACGACCCGUCGCUGGAUGCCGACAGAGCUGAACAAGAGCAAGAAUUCAAAGACGCCCUUGGCAUCCCAGGGCGCGAUGGAAGUAUUGGUCGAGAUUGGCUUGUCAAUCCUGAAGGUUACACGAUUAUUACGGCUUGUGGUCCCCACGAAAAAGCCAUGGAAGUUCUUGUCAACAAGACCCAGAAACGAGGCGCACUCACUCAUCACCUUCUCAAAACCUUGACUACCUUGGCAAAGGUGAAUGAUGCUGUGUCGCACCAAGCGCUCCAUCAAACGGUUGUUUCAAUGAUGCAGGCCUCAGGGUGCAGCCAGACACCAAUGCGCUACGGCAAUACUGACCUCUCGUUCUUCGGGACGCUUCUGGGCUCAGUCACCCUCACUACCUUGCCACUAUGCAAGAUGGAAGGUUCAAGGAUUUUCAUCAAAGCGGGACAAGUCCAUGGAAUCUCAGUCGGAGAUGAGUUCACUGUCCAAAAUAGUCUUUCAGCUAGCUCGGGCCAGAAUUCUCGUUCGAGGGUCAAAUUCAAAGUCUCCAAUGUUUGGGCUUUCGAAUCUGAGUUGACAAUUUCGCAUGACAGAAUAACACCCCCACGAGUCUUCCCUUUCAGCAUGAAAGAUCUGGGCACCUUGAAUGCCACCCAGCUAUCGACUGUGUCAUCUCAACGUGUGAAAGUAUGGCUUCCGGCAGAGUUACUACAAGAUACGCAGCUGAAAGAUAAGCCAAAGGCGCUACAAUACUACGACAUAAUUACAGACAAAGACGAAAGGGCUCUUUGUAUGUUUGCACUGACUAUCACCAAAUUAAGCAAAUACGAAAUCGUCAGUGAAGCACAAGAGAAUAUGCUUCAAUUACCAACACUCGACGCUAGGUUGGAUGAUUCGUUCCCUAGAAUGAUGGAGACUGUUCAACAUGUCGCAACCUUCAAGUACUUCGAGGGCUUAGCCAAUCUCCUUCCGUCCGCUGAGUUGAGAGCAAAAUACACACUCAACCCAAUUUCAAACUCCACCACGAACGGAACCUUCGAAGUUCUAGAUGGAGAGACGUUUGGAUUCACUAUCGAGAACCAUGCGGACCAUCCUCUCUACAUGGCCGUCUUUGACUUUGCUCCUUCUUGGAGCGUGAACAAUCUGAUCUCAGCUUCAGGAGGAGGUGACUAUGUCCUCAUCCCACCACCCCAUGGCCAGAGUUAUGGCAUGAAGGAGUUGAAGUUAAAAAUGACAAUUCCAAGUCAUCUGAGUUUGCAGGGCCGGGCUCGAGAUGUCAUCAAAGUCUUUAUCACAGACAAACCGGUUUCAUUUCCGGGCAUGGUCAUGUCAGGGCUGGAUGUCAAGUCACAUUUGAGGAACUCUUCUACGAGUGCAGAUAUUCUGUCUGACCUUAUCAAGCAUUUGAGUACGGGAGGAAGGAUGAGGAGUGCUGGAAACAAGGGGUCAUGGAUGUCACACAACUUCGUAGUUUGGACUUGUAUCAACUCAAAUAUUCGUAUUUGA